ACUUCAAGGAGCAGACCAUCCUUGAUCUUCGCAAAGUCUCGAAGUGCUCCAAUUAAAGAUUACUACCCAGAUUUGUACAAAAUCGAGUUGAAGAGAUACAAAGUGCGAAAUUCUCGUUUCACUACAACACAAUCCAGACAACAUAGCAGCUAA